AUGUCUGCCCCAAUUAAGGUUGUUGUUUUCGGAGCUACUGGCCGUAUUGGCCGCGUCGUAAUCGACGGCUUAAUAAGGUCGCCGACCAAGUUUGAAAUCGUGGCUGUGUCUCGCCCUUCGUCAAUCGACAAGCCGCAAAACGUCUGGUUUAGGGAGAACGGCGUGACGGUCGUGGGCCUCGAAAUCAACGGUCCGCGUGAACACCUCGUCGACGUCAUUAAGGGCGCCGACGUUGUUUUUGCGACAAUUAACCAAAAUGCCUUAGAGCAUCAGAAAAUUCUAAUUGACAUGUGCAAGGAUUUUGGUGUCGGCCGAUUUAUACCCGAUGCCUUUGGUCCGGUAAUGCCUCCAGUUGGGGCCAUGAGUAUAAGGGAUGCGAAGGAGAAAUAUUUCAACUAUAUGAAAUUGAAAAGAGUUCCGUACACCGUUAUCGACGUAGCUUGGUGGUAUCAGGUCCUGCCCUACAAGGUCCCCUCUGGUCGCGGCGACCACAUGAUACCUUUUGGUCCUGGCGACGCGAACCGUAUUCCUGGUGACGGUAAUAUUCGAGUAUCACUUUCCGAUGUGAACUCGGUCGGAGACAAAGUGGCCAGAAUUAUUGUCGAUCCGCGAACCAUUAACAAGUACGUUCACGUGUACGAUGAGGUAUUCACCCAUCACCAAAUGGUCCAAAUCCUUGAGGAUGUCAGCCAUGAGAAGGUGGAAAGGGUUUAUAAAACCGCUCAAGAUUAUCAAGACUCUAUUGCCGAGAUGAACAAAUUGCUUGCCGAGGACCCUAGCAACCACCAGGCCCUGAUAGGCCUAGUCAUGGCAGACUCUCAGGUUUCCCUCUCGGUACGUGGGGACUCCACCCCCGAGGUGGCCGAGUAUCUUGGCUAUCUGGAUGUUUACCAGCUGUACCCGGACCUGAAGCCCUCGAGACUGCGAGACUACUACCAGAGGGCUCUUGACGGCAAGGAGAAACCCACAUAUACAAAUUAA